AUGAGUGCCAUGGUGAUGAACUUUUUCGGAUCACCCAAGGGGAAGAAGAAAGCAGCAGUGGCCAUCGGAGCCGAUGAGGCGAGUUUAGACUCCGUUAGUCUGAACGAUGGAGUUAAGAGUCCCGGCAAUGAUGAGGGCAGCGCUGAAAUGUACAAAUAUCCAGACAAAUCUGAACGAUCUCUGGGGGAGUCUUUUCAAAGCAUUGGCGGAACGAGUGGCAUUACUGCGAAGCUUCUCAAAGAGGAGAGGCAGCUUCAAAAGAUCAUUGCCAAGUCGAAGGACAAGCCACUCGAUAGAAAGGUUCAGAAGGCUACCGAGAAGCGGCGUGAAGCAAUUCUUAAGGAAAAGGUCAAUGCCGUGACGGAAAUGGAACAAGAUGUUAUCAUUCGUUGCUUGGGUGUUGGAUCAGAUGGUUACUGCUUGCGCCAUCAAGAUCAAAAGGUCCGAAUGGGGAUUGUUCGACCAUCGUUUCGGUUCGAAACGAUUAGUCUUUGUAAAUCGUGUGCGUUUGGGGCUGCGAGUGGAAUCGAAGUGAAGAAUCAUGGACAAAAGGACAAAACCAUUUCACAUGCUGUCAAUGGUGCCUUGGUCGCUACCGGAGUCAAGAAGAAGAAAAAGAAGGUCAAGGGAUCCUUUGCAGCGAAUAUGAAUGGUGCCUCUCCAGAUAAGCCACGGGUGGAUCUAAAUGAGAGCUUUAGGUCCGCUCAUGGCUAUGAUGUCAGCGUAUCCGAGAACCAGUUCGCUAGUAGCGAUGGCUUGCAGGGAAUUGGCGAAAAUAGUGGUACUCCCAACCACACUUCUGCGCAUUCUAGAACUGAUCUAGAGCAGGAUGCUCGUUGGAUGCAAGAGGUUCAAGUGCGAGUGCUGCAGGUGAAUAGCUGGGACAACAGUAUCGUUCCUUUGAAGUGCCAUCCCAAUUAUGCCAAGUACUUUCGAAUGCUGGAAUCAGGUGUCCCGAGGGAAGAGAUCAAAGAAAUGAAUGGGGAUCAUGGACCAGAUCUGUUGGUACUUAGCCUUGAUCCAGAAAGGUCACUCAAUGACCAGAUGCCUAGCCUUCCUUCUCAUAUUCAAAAAAGAUUACAGUCCAAUCCAGCUUUGAUUACCUCCACUUCUGUCGAUGAUGAUGAAUCCGAAAUUGUCGAUCUGAUUUAUAAAUCGUACUUGACGCAACUUCAUGUCUUUGAGCAUUUUUUGCAAGAAGACGAAGCUGGUAUCAAGGCCAUGCGGGAGAGCAAUGGCGCGAAUGAAAGCAGUUCAGAACUUACACCGGCGGCAACUGAUGGAUCUCCAAAGAAGAAAGUGAAAAAGUUACGUCUAACCAAGCAUUUCAAGCGAUUCGUCGGUGUGGAUGCACACAAGGAGCACGCAACCGAUGACGAAGCUUCCGAAGAAGAAAAUGCCGACCUUUUGGAACCAAGCAACAGCAAUCACAUUGAGGAGAGUACAAUGGCUCAAUAUGCUACUGGUCCAGUUUCACUCCAGCCCCUGCCCAGCGCAGGGCUACGGCGGGCACGAAGGCCCACUACAGCCAGUCGGCGUCCCCGAAAACCUGGUAUGACUAAGACACCUGAUCGUGGCGUUAUCCUUGCCCCGAAGAACGCAGAAACCCCCAUGAGCCCACUCAGUACCAGUCCCGGUCAUGCUGGCCGCAAAUCAUUUGAUCCGAAUACAAUGGAUAGCAUCAUGUCUACUUCGAGUGCAGACGAACUUUUGGAGGCAAAUGGGACCGUAGACGCUGCUCUGACUUCUUCUGCUACAAAAGAACUGCUGGAGCAUCCGGUGGUGGUGAAGUCAUUUUCUUCUGCGCCAUCUGAUGAAGAUAUGGGAGGUCUUCCAACUCAGACAACCCCUGCCGACGAGGAACAAGAGAAAGCUUCUCCUGCUCCACCUCUGGUCAUCAAAUCUUUUCCUUCAGCAGCGAAUACAACUUCAAUCGAUACCAGCAAGAAAGAAACAGAGGAAGCUUCACCCCCUGUCAUGGUCAUCAAAACAUUCCCGUCCAAGGCAAAUGAAGCCCCGGAAAGCUCCUCUGAGGAAGAGAAAAAGGAAUCCGCAGUUCCUAUGGUGAUUUCCUCUUUCCCCUCAGCCAAGAGAGCUUCCAAUGCAUCUAAGAACAAAGCAGAUGAGGAAGAGAAAAAGGAAACUGCAGGUCCUAUGGUGAUUUCAUCUUUCCCUUCAGCCAAGAGAGCCUCCAAUGCUUCUAACAAGAAAAAAGAUGGAAUUGCGAUUCCCAAAUUGGAUGGAGAUGGGAAACAAGUCGAGAAACCGCAAGACGAGCAACCGCAAGAUACGGAAGAAGAAAAGAAGAAAAAAGAAGAGUUACGAAAAGCAGUUGCAGCAAUGCAUCAAUUCAAACUUGGCAGCUACGACGAUUCGUUCGGUAGCAUCCCAACCACAGUACUUCCUGAAUUUUGCCCCAAUACUGGUGAGCCCAGUAUUCAUAGCCAUCUCUCCAGUAUCAGCAGUCAUUCCAGCGAUGCCAGCUCAUCGUAUGAGAGCGAGAGCGAAAGUGAUAGUGACGAAGAUGAUGGAGAUGAGGAUGACGGAAACGAGGACGGCGAUCAGGAGAAAAUUGAACCGUCAGCGUCAGAAGAAGAGUCUGAAAAGGAGACAAUUGAUAUGGAUGAAUACAUUCAUCUUUCGGAUAAGCUUAUUGAUGCCAAUGCAGAGUUGUUUGAAGCAAAGUAUCUUCUCGAGAACUCGCAGAAACGAGAAGAAGCUCUGCUAGGAGCAAAUAAAGCAAAGGAUCGAAAGAUAUUAAGACUGUCGGAAACAAUCGAAGAAAUGCAGGCUCAUAUCAACGUUCUUAGUGCUCAAAAUGCUGAAGCCGGGAAGAUUAUGAUGGAACUUACGGCAUCGAUCGAAGUCCACAAACGACAGAAACUCUUUCGAAGGAUAUCAAUUGCCUCGUCUACAGGGAUAUCAAUGGCUUCGUUUUCUUCAUCCGUCUUGGAUCAAGACGAUACACCUGCAUCCCAACAUAAGCGAUCUUCCGGUGGUCCACUACGGCGCAAAUCUGAAGACACUUUAGGAAGCGAAUCACGGCGAAGUAACAGCAAACGCGCUUCUGGUUCUGGGCAGAUGCGGCGUACCUCUGGUUCCGGUCACAAUCGCUUAUCUAGUUUCUCUGCUUCCAAUCGCAUUGGUUCCAUUAAUUCCCUUCUUGGCCCCGCAACAGAGGAAGGAGGAGAGGGUUUUGGUGAGAGCAGUACGCCUUUGAUGAUGUCAUUUACAAGUGGUCCAGCGACAUCAUCUCCAAAUGUGAGGGAAGUCCCACCAAGCGCAGCUUCCAACGUGCGGCAAGUUCCACCAAAGGAGGCUCAGAAUACAUCCGAACCCGCCGCAAUCGAGAACUCAGUAUUGGAGGAUAACAUGUUUCCUCCAGCAGCGAAUGUGAGAGAAAUCACUCCACUCAACCGAAGAAGGGUGAAAGAGGUGUCAAUGGAAGAGGGGCAGAAACAAAUUCCCGCCACCCCAAUUGCUCCAUCUUCCGUUCCAGCUCCUGUACCUGCUCCAAGCCAACCUUUAGUCAUUCGAAGUUACCAGCCAAGCGAAAGACUAGCCGAAAGAAGGAGAAAGAAGAGAGAAUUAGAGGAAAGGCUGAAGAUGUCCGUUGCAAAAUCACACAGUUCAGAUGCGGACGAUUCGCAUCCUAUUUCUACGGAAUGA